GCCGGUUCCCACGCCACGCUGGCUCACGCGCCCGUGAAACAACCGUCUCGCGCGAGACGAGUGUACACAUGGUAGGGCCCACGCACGAAACAACUCACCGCUGGCCACACAAACCUUAUCCCCAUCCCGUGAGUAUCUAAUCCAGUUCAUCCCCGCCGCCGUCCCCUCUCUGAGUCCAAAAUACAAGCACCGGCGACUGCACUUUUGAGGACGCCAGAGCUGAUGCAAGCGGCAGUUGCGUCCAUGGAUGUGGAACUGCAUCCUCUUCUCCCCCGACGGCUGGAGCGGCGAGCGGCAACCAUGGAUGGCAGGAGCUGCAACCCGCUUUCGUGGGAGCUACAACCGGCGUCCAUGGGAGCUGCAGCCGAAACGCGAGCUGCAACCAUGGAUGGCGGGGAGCUGCAAUCGCGCCUCCGGGGGAGCUGCAUGCGGUGAACGGCUCGACGGCGGCGUCCUAUUUUUGCUACAACCUCUGUACUCUUUUCUACGCCCGUCGAGGAUUUUGGCUACAUCCUUUUUUCACCGUGGACCUGCAGGCUCGACGGCGAUUAGCGGCGGGUGGGGGUGGCUGGCAAGCACGGGCAGCACGGGGUUGACCGAUCGGUCCUUUGGUUGGGCACGGAUUUGGAAUCCAGUGUGUUCAAGUAAAGAUAGUGCGGUAGCGGCAGCAUCCUCGCGGUGGAUUUGUGUCCUUGAGCUCUGUCGUUGCGACAACGUUUGCUCCAGCGUUGAAGGAGCCCACGAGGAGCUCUCAGCGAGACAUAGGGAAGCCUCUUGUCAUGGGAGCGCCAGAUGAACUUAUAUUUGAAAAUUGUUAAACAUGUAUUAGAAAAAAUGUUCAUGAUGUACACGAAAAAUGUGGAAUGAAUACCGAAGAAACAAAAAAAGGAUGAAAA